AUCAUUAUGGAGAAGAACGAAGAUAUGAAGGAGUUUCCUGAGGUUACUGCCGCUGUCACCAAGGAUGUUGGCGAUGUCGAGAAUGCGGGUGCGCGCAACCACACAAAGAGAGGUCUUUCUUCUCGUCAAGUGCAGUUCCUUGCUCUGGGUGGUGCCAUCGGUACUGGUCUCUUCGUCGGAAGCGGAGCCACCCUCUCGGCUGUUGGUCCUGCCCCUCUGCUCAUGGGCUACAUCGUCAUGUCUUUUGUCGUCUAUGGAGUCAUGAAUGUGCUUGCCGAGAUGACUACCUAUCUCCCCCUCGAGGGUCUUUCGGUGCCUUACUUUGUCAACCGCUUUGUGGAUCCUAGUCUUGCUUUUGCCAUGGGCUGGAACUACUGGUACACUUUCGCUAUGCUUCUUGCUGCUGAGGUCACGGCCGCUGCAAUCAUCAUUCAGUACUGGACGGAGAGUGUGCCAGUCGCUGUGUGGAUCGCUAUCAUUCUGCUUGUCAUUCUUGCACUCAACAUUAUCGCUAUCUUGGCAAUUCUUGGUCUCAUUGUUCUCGGUGUUGUGCUAUUCUUCGGAGGUGGUCCCAACCAUGAUCGUCUUGGCUUCCGCUACUGGAAUGAACCUGGAGCUUUCAACCCCUUCAUCGCCAAAGGCAAUAGCGGCAAGUUCCUGGCCUUCUGGUACGCAUUCAUCAAGUCUGGAUUCGCCUUCAUCAUGUCACCCGAACUCGUCGUCACCGCCGCCGGAGAAGCAGAAGCCCCUCGCCGCAACAUCCCCAAAGCUGCCAACCGCUUCAUCUACAGAUUGUUCGCCUUUUACGUCUUGGGAACGUUGGUCAUUGGCGUUACCGUGGCAUACAACGAUAAAGGUCUACUCAAUGCCAUCAACAGUGGUUCUCAUGGUGCAGGAGCUUCGCCUUUUGUCAUUGCCAUCCAAAACGCAGGUAUCAAAGGCUUGAACCACGUCAUAAAUGCCGCUAUCCUCACUUCCGCUUGGUCGUCUGGAAACGCCUGGCUCUUCUCUGGUUCGAGAAUGCUCUACUCCCUUGCCCUCACCGAACAAGCACCGAAAAUCUUCCUCAAGUGCAACAAGAGAGGUGUGCCUUGGGUUGCUGUGUUAUUUACCUUCUGCGUCGGCUGUCUUGCUUUCCUCAACGUCAGCAACAGUGGCGCCUCCGUCUUCAACUGGUUCACCAACAUCACCACCAUCUCCGGCUUUAUCGCAUGGAUCGUCGUCCUAAUCACUUAUCUGCGUUUCCGCCGCGCAAUGCUGUUCCACAACAUGCUUGACUCCUUGCCAUUCCGCACACCACUCCAACCCUACUCUUGCUGGUUCUCCCUCAUCGUCAUGAUCCUCGUUACUUUGACUAAUGGCUUUUACGUCUUCGUCCCCAGUCGCUGGAACAUCUCCGACUUNUUGGUUUGCUACAUUACCAUUCCUAUCUUCUUGGUCUUGUGGUUUGGACAUAAAGUUUGGAGUAGGAAUUGGAGGUGGUGUAUUCCGAUUGAGGAGGUUGAUGUGUGGAGUGGCAAGGAUAUUGCUGAUGCUGAGGAAUUGGAGUAUGAGACUAGGGAACCGAGAAAUUUUGCUGAGAAAGUCUGGUUCUGGGUUGUUUGA